CCACCCAGGUGCCGCCGCUGGGCAGCACUGGCCCAGGACUUGGGCUGUGUCAGGAAAUGCCAGAAGGGCCUCGUGUGUUUGGAUUUAAAAGUUUCAGUCAGCCUCAGAGUUGGAGGCCUCAAUUCUAAAGAAAGCAAAACCACUUUAGUCACUACGGGUAAAUAUGAUCGCCGAAGCCUCCUCCGCCUCCAAAUUUAAUGCACCGGCAGGCGGAAGACCUAUAGGGUCCGGUUCAGAAAAGGGCCCGUCAGGACCUCGAGCCCAGGAAUAAAAGAUCCUGGGGAUCCUCCUGGCCGCCCGGUUGGAAAGGCAACAUCGCAGGCCGCCGGCUCUGGACACUGAUGACCCGGGCCCUGCUUCGGCCCGGGCGAAGAGGAAAACUGAAAGGGCUGGUUUUUCCUUGAGGGGGAACGAUGACUGCAACGCACCGGAAGCGGCGCGCUGAGAGGCUCGCGGGUGCGGCGGAGACGGUCAGUCCGGGAGGCGCUGGGAGGGCUUCCUCAGGGUUGUGGGCUAGGAAGGCCGCCGCAAGGUGCCUCCUCACAUACCCCUCGCGGGCCCAGCAGGCCAACAGCGUGGGGCGGCGGCGACGUCGACGGCCGGGGCUGGGAGCGCUGGCGGCCGGGGUCCCAGCCAUGGCCGAGUCUGUGGAGCGGCUGCAGCAGCGGGUCGAGGAGCUGGAGCGGGAACUGGCCCAGGAGAGAAGUCGCCGGGCCUUGGGGGGCGGCGAUGGAGGAGGCGGUCGGGCCCGCAUCGAAAAGAUGAGCCCCGAGGUGGUGGAUUCCAACCCCUACAGCCGCCUGAUGGCAUUGAAACGAAUGGGAAUUGUAAGUGACUAUGAGAAAAUCCGUACCUUUGCUGUAGCAAUAGUAGGUGUUGGUGGAGUUGGCAGUGUGACUGCUGAAAUGCUGACAAGAUGUGGCAUUGGUAAGUUGCUACUCUUUGACUAUGACAAGGUGGAACUGGCCAAUAUGAACAGACUUUUCUUCCAGCCUCAUCAAGCAGGAUUAAGUAAAGUUCAAGCAGCAGAACAUACUUUGAGGAACAUUAAUCCUGAUGUUCUUUUUGAAGUACACAACUACAAUAUAACCACAGUAGAAAACUUUGAACAUUUCAUGAAUAGAAUAAGUAAUGGUGGAUUAGAAGAAGGAAAACCUGUUGACCUAGUUCUUAGCUGUGUGGACAAUUUUGAAGCUCGAAUGACAAUAAAUACAGCUUGUAAUGAGCUUGGACAAACAUGGAUGGAGUCUGGGGUCAGUGAAAAUGCAGUUUCAGGGCAUAUACAGCUCAUAAUUCCUGGAGAAUCUGCUUGUUUUGCGUGUGCUCCACCGCUUGUAGUUGCUGCAAAUAUUGAUGAGAAGACUCUGAAACGAGAAGGUGUUUGUGCAGCCAGUCUUCCUACCACUAUGGGAGUGGUUGCUGGGAUCUUGGUACAAAAUGUGUUAAAGUUUCUGUUAAAUUUUGGUACUGUUAGUUUUUACCUUGGAUACAAUGCAAUGCAGGAUUUUUUCCCUACUAUGUCCAUGAAGCCAAAUCCUCAGUGUGAUGACAGAAAUUGUAGGAAGCAACAGGAAGAAUAUAAGAAAAAGGUAGCAGCACUGCCCACACAGGAGGUUGUUCAAGAAGAGGAAGAAAUAAUACAUGACGACAAUGAGUGGGGUAUUGAGUUGGUAUCUGAGGUUUCAGAAGAGGAACUGAAAAAUUCUUCAGGUCCAAUUCCUGACUUACCUGAAGGAAUUACAGUGGCAUAUACAGUUCCGCAAAAGCAAGAAGAUCCUGUACCUGAAGUAACAGUGGAAGAUUCUGGUGAAAGCUUGGAAGACCUCAUGGCCAAGAUGAAGAACAUGUAAAUAAUGGACUGGCCUGUAUUGUAUUUCCUGUGUCUAAACCUGUUCCCUAGCAAUUAAAAAGAAAAUCAUUUAAAACUGAGAAAACUUAGGGCAACAUCAGUUGAUGUAUAAUCUUCACUGAAUUGUUAUACUGUUUAAAAAUGCUGUGACUAUUGCUUGUUACUCCCCCCCACCUUCAACUAAA